GCUAAUAAUAGGUGGACAUGCCCCUCUAUCAAGCUCUCUAAGUCCUUUAAAUACUUUAAUAUUUGCCAUCUAAACUCAAACCAAAGCUUCUCUUCUUCAGCUCAAGAAAUAGAAAGCAGCUUCUUCAGUCAUGGAUGAUGAAGGCCCAUCACCCAAAAAAGGGCGGAGAGAGGUGAAAAAGCGGGUAGUAACGGUGCCGGUCGCAGGAGAGGCGGCGCCGUCAACUGACACGUGGGCUUGGCGAAAGUACGGGCAGAAGCCGAUCAAAGGAUCUCCUUACCCUAGGAAUUAUUAUAGAUGUAGUAGCUGGAAAGGAUGUACUGCGAGGAAGCAGGUGGAGAGGAGUCGGGUGGACCCCACCAUGCUAGUGGUGACCUACUCCUCCGGUCACAACCACUCGUGGCCACUAUCCAGCGAUCGUAACUACCGAGCCGAGCCGCCACUGAAGCUGAAGGUUUCGGUUUCGGCUUCGGAUUCGGAUCCGGCUCCGGCGGAUGCGGAUGCGGAUUCGGAGCCCAAGAAGGUAGAUCCGAAAGGAGGGUGGUCUGUGGAUCUGAUUGGAGGGGAUCAAGGAGAGUUCCGGUGGUUCUCUGACGUCGGAUCACCGUCCACGUCGGCGUCUCCGACGGAAGGAUCGGAUGACACGUUGCUAUAUGGGUCGAUCGCUGGGUGUGGCGUGGCGAUGCUUUGGACGGAGGAGAUGGAGAGAGAUGGAGAGGAGGAUGAGGAUUCACUGUUCGCUGGGCUGGGGGAGUUGCCCGAGUGCUCGGCGGUGUUUCGGCCGAGGAUCAUGGCGGCUGCGGAGACGAAGUCAUAGAGAUCAACCGGAUCGGUGAUGUAGCUAAGAAGGCGAAGAAUAUAUGUAGUUUUUUUAUAUAUAUCCAUGAUAUUUUUCUCAUUUACAUUUGCAGCCUCAUGAAUAUGGCAAGUUAUUAUAGCAUUGGCUAUAUAUUAUAAAAAGUGCAAUA